AGCAACCAUUCUUUUCUCCGGGUGGAAGGGAAGGCAUUGUUGUGUGGUGUUGUUUUCGGAAAGCCCCAUCCGAAUGAGCCAGGCCCCUCCGCGUCUGGACGGGCUGUCGUAUGCCGGCGAACUUGAUGAGCACAGGGCGGGAGAUGAAACGAGAAGGCACGGGGGGAAGGGCCAAGUGACAUGGCCGCAAGCUACGGAUGCCACACCAUUUUUUGGAGUAAGUCAAUGGCAGACUGGGCGAGGUUCUGGCUUCAAUGCUCAUUUGGGGCUUGCUUUGGGGGUGUUGGGGGAUGUAUGCCUGUGCCUGCAGGAUGGGGCGUCGUCGAAGUUUGAACGUGGCUAUGCUGAGGAGGUCAUGUCGCAGACGACCGAUGGCAGCCAAAGAGGUAUGAAUGCCUCCACGUGAUCCCAUCCAUAUGGACCUGCUGAUGUGAUUCUCUUCAGGUUCGUACGUCCUGUCAUCGUCCAUUGUCUCGUCCGCCCGUCCCUCCCUCUCUGAGAGAUACCCGCCAGUGGCUGCCAUAGACGCCGGUGAGAGCCAUGCAGCAGAGGAGAGCCCGAAGACAGCGAAAUCGCCCAAGUCGUCCCAGCGCCACUCGCUGCCGACAUUUCCGACGGACCUUGGUGGCUCGUGCAGCCCCUCCUCGUCACAGGUUCGUGCGAACAUGUGGUUACAUAUGGCUACAGGGAUGAAACCAAGCGUGUGGGCGAUGUGUGAGUUACAGGAGGCUUCGGGGGAUUCUGCGAGUGGCGGCGUCGGUCUGGGUCUGGGUCUGAUUUUGCCCGGGAUCACCAACCGGCGCCAUACAGAUGGCCCAGUGCCGUCUGUGCCCGCCUACAAGUGGCCGUACACAGACAUGACCGAGGAAGACUUGUGAGCGCAGGCAGCCACACAGCCUCGCCUCCUUUUCUGCAGCCACAGACGUGAGGUGCAAUCUGUCUGUGUUUGUUGCAGCUCCGGCCCGCCAAAGGAGCCGAAAAUCAGAUUUCAGGACCCAGUUGUUACUGCGGUGAGCUGACAUAAAGCUUGGGUCAAGACAAUCACGCAGCGUGCCUUUUUCGCAUUGGUCGCUUGCUUCAGGUUCACGAGUAUGAUGCCGUGGAGGUGCACAUAGAAUGGCCUGAGCCUGACGAGUGCGCCAGCUGGAGCAGCUCGGCAUCAUCGAGCCCACUGGUGCAGUCGGAGACAGAAGGCGGUGGCGAUGAUGACGACUUCGCAUUGGACGCGGGGUGGGCCAAGCGAUUGGAGAAGAGCAGCGCUUCCCUCGACGGAACACUGAAGCUUGAACCAAAAUCGCCAAAGAGGUAUGUAUGUGGAGGGACGGGGGUGCGCUCACUGGCGUGUUUAGUUCUCGCCAAUCGACGUUUCUUCCUUCCGUGUGUUAUCCAUCCAUCCAUCCAUUAGGCGUUCUGUCUCUGCGUCAGCCAAGGGCGACAGCAGCGGCUCCUCCACGCCUGUUGCCGUGACGUCGCUCUUCCCAGCAUCGUCCAAAGAGUAACUAACAGGUGGGUGCAUCCUGUGUCUGCCUGUCUAGUGGGUGGCUCUUCGGGAAGAGCUGCUGCUGUUGGGCUCUUGUGGGUGGGCGGCUUGGGUGGGUGGCUGCACGGGUAGGUAGAGUGCUGUGUUUUAGGCUUCUCCCUGCCUUCCUCCCUCCCUCCCUCCCCACAUGCGUGUGUUUUUGAGGUUUUUUGGGUUUCCCGUUCCCCCUCCGUGGUGCAAUGUGCGUGGCUGCAUGGCUCCUCCUGCGUGCCCCAGUCGUCCCUCCCGCCCUCUCUGAAAAGCUUGUGUGUGGAUUGAGUGCCCGAAUGUGUGUGUGGUGCUGUUUUUGUUGGUGUUCGGUGGAGAGUCUUUUGCUACAGAAGGACUCGUGCGUCUGUCUCAUUUUUCCGCCGCUUGCUUAUCGAUGGAUUGACGUGAUUCUGCCAGAGAUGAGACGAUAUAAGGUGUCUGUCUGUCUUGAAUUGGUUUGCAUCCAAG